AUGGAAAUAGCCGAUAAUUCAAUAGCAUCUAAAAAUAUAACGGAUAGCGACGGUUACAAAAUUCAAAACGCAAUCGAAGUGGUCGCGGACGAAGUGAAACUUGAAUUUUUUCGCGAUCUCGAGCGUCAACUCGCCGAACGAAAUAAAAGAAGAAGACUCGAUACGACUGUCAACGCGUGCGAACUGUGCGGCAAGAGAUACUCGAGCACGGGCAAUCUGAUCAGGCACCUCGAGUCGUUUCACUGCCGUUUCGGCCACCUGUGCGACAAGUGCGGCAAGACGUUCUCGCAGAAGGUUACCCUCAACACUCACAUCGCUACGCUGCACAAAGACGCGAGCGACGACGUUACGACCAGCUACGCGUGCGCGAUAUGCGUCAAGAGAUUUUCGAGCAAGAGCAGUCUCGAUAGGCACGUGGGCUCGUUGCAUCGGGGUGUCGGCCACUCGUGCGACUCGUGCCAAAAGACGUUCACGAGGAGGCAGUAUCUCCGGCACCACGUCGAUAAGGUGCACCGACACGGCGGCGCGAGACACCCGUGCGACGCCUGCGGAAGGACGUUCGCGCGCGAGGGUAAUCUCAAGAAUCACGUGGUCACGGUGCACGAGGGGAUCGGCCACUCGUGCGUCCCGUGCGGGAAAAAGUUCACGAGAAGCACCUAUCUUCGAGACCACGUGGACGCUGUGCACAAUGGAGUCAGACACUUGUGCGACAGAUGUGGCAAGAAAUUUUCCAGCAGAGAGUAUCUGAGCUGUCACAUCGAGGGCGAACACGGCGAGGGUGUCGCCAACACUACCUGCGACGAGUGCGGAAAGACGUUCGCCACGAGGAAGAGUCUCAAGGUCCACGUGGACGCGAAUACCUGCGCGAGGGAGUUCAAGGGCAAGGGACACCUGAAACGACACGCGGACGCGGUGCACAGAGGUGGCACGCGGUCGCGCGUGCGUAGAUCAGCGAGGAAAGAAGUACCCGAUGCAUCGCUCGAGAAUUAA